UUUUAUUGUUGAGUGUUUAUUUUGGCUUUAAUUCAAAUACUGUCUUUUUAUUUUCCAUUCAUCUGUUUGCACUCCUUUUUAUUGAUUUUUACUUGUGUCUAAGAAUAUCAACGUUCCAUUAAAACAAGCUUAUAUAUUGGGAAUGCUAGCAAAUUUAUCUCAGAAGUCAAAGAAAAAAUUCACGUUAACUUUGAAUAUAAUUGAAUUGUUAAAUGUUCCGCAGCUACAUGGUAACUGUUAUAUAAAAUGGUACAUAAAAGAUUCAAUCAUAAAUAAUUCAAAUGUUCCUAUAUCCUCAACCACUCCACCUGUUUCAAAAUCUCUAAAUGAAAACUUACAAUUAUUGAACAACAUUCCGGUCAAUUCGGUAGUUGCAGCCUCAGCAAACAAUAAUAAUAGAGUAAAUCAACAACAACAGCAACAAUAUUCCUACAGUUCUUCUCAAGUGGCCAAUACAGAUAACAACACCAAUUAUAACCAUGAUCAUCACCAUGAAAGCACAAUUCAGGCAAAUAGGUUAAAUUCAAAUGAAAAUUUCCUAAACAAGAAUAUCAAAGGCAUAACAGGCAAAUAUAAAAUUGAAAAUCACAAAGUCAAGUUUAAUCUAAUAACAAAAAUAAGCAAUAUAAAAUUCAUAAUUAAUAGAAGAUUGAAAAAUAGUUUUAUUCAAUUAAACGAUAAAUUUUUGGUAUUAUAUGUUUACUCUGAUUUUCAAAGCGAAGUCGCUCCCUCCAAUAAUAAAGAGAAAGAACAGAACAAUCACAAUGAUGAGGAAAACUCUAAUGCCACUGAUAAUAAAAACUUGAUCAAUGAUGAAAAGAGAAUAUUAUUAGGAAAAAUUGAAAUCAACUUAAAUCAAUAUAUUCAAAAUAACUUUGACCCUGAGAAUAUGUGUUUUUAUAACAAUAUUAAUCCAUUCAAUUUCAAAAUCGAUAAAUAUCUCUUAAAAGAUUCGAAAAUUAAUUCAAUUUUACGAUUGUCAAUUAACUUACAAUUAUUCAAAGGAAAUUAUACAGAUUUUCUAAACCUAUCCUUGAUUUCUAAUAACAAUGAUAAUGAUAAUGAUAACGAUACCAAUCAGCUUGGUACUAAUGAUCAGAAUUUUUUUUUGGACACUGAAAGUAUUUAUGGUAAUAAUCCCAGUCUUUUCAAAUCAAAUCUGAGAUUUCCACAAUUAAUCACAAAUAAAAUUAGUGAUUACAUAAAAACCAGGGAUGAUAAUCACUCGAUUUUGACCAACUCUAAUUCUUCAUUUUUUAGUGUAAACUCAAACUCUCACUCAAUAUCUAAUUUGUUGAUAUCGGAUUUUAACGCCAGAAAACGAAUAAAGCAUAAAUUCAACGAUAUUAAAUCAUCAUUUUCAACAAAUACCAACAAUAGUAAUAACAGUAAUAAUAGCAAUGACACCAAUAGACAACCAAUUACUAAAAAAUCCAUGCCCCAAUCUCCAAAAAGCUCCGUUUUUUCUUUUCAUUCCGAUUCUGCAACUUCUUUAUUUGAUAAUCCAAAUCCCAAAAACAUAUCUCCUCCUUCGAUUCAUUCUUCUUCAGCAAAUACUUCUUUGUCAAACUCUAAACAGAAUGGACAGGGUCUUAAACUAAAUGAUCAAAACUUAAAAUCAAGUGCUCUGCUUAAUAUUCACAACUCGACUAUUUUGAAACCUAAACCUUUCAGUCAAAGUGAUAGUCUAUUGGAGACAUCCUCAAUGAAAAGUGUCUCAGCGUUGUCAAAUAAAUCUAAAAAAUUAAAUUGUACUAAUACUUCUAACACCCUUUGUGCUAGCAAUACAUUGGCACAUUUGCCUGCCAAAUCUCCAAUAAAAAAACAGUUCACUCAAAACAGCAGCCGUAAUAACUCUAAUAACUCAAUUACAGUCAGCCCAGGUCAAACAAAUAAUAUCAUUAUAACAAAUAACAAAAAUCUUUCAAAUAAUCAAACUAGUUUCAAUUCUUUGAGUACUUCUCAGAACUUUCAUGCAGAUCAAAAAAUUGAUGUUAUUAAAAAACUUUACUUCAAAACUUUUCAGGUUAAUUGGGACCCGAGGCCAUAUGAAUUAAAUCCAUUGGAAUGUGUAAAUGAUAUCUUCAAUGGAGGAAAUGGCUGGAAGAAAACUGCAGAUGGAACAAAUUUAAUUGAUAUGAAUUAUGUGUCAGAUCCAAAUAACAAUUCUAUCAUUAGAGGUUCAAAUCUGAAUUUAAGUGAACUUGAUAUAAAUACAAACCAUAACAAAUUCUUCUUAAAUAAUGUCAACGAAUUUAAUAAAACCGUUGAAACAAACAAUAAUAAUAAAAAUAUUGAAACCAACAAUAAUAAUAAAAACGAAGCUCAAAGCUAUAAAACACAUUCUCCAUUGUUAUCUUCCCAAAACAGAUUCGCACAAUUAACAUCACCACCACGGACCUUUGCAACAAGAAUAAUCACAACUCCUAACAAACACGAAAGACAAAAAACUAUAAAUAGAGACGAUAUUUUUGUAAACGAGUAUUAUAGUCCAACUAGCUUGAACAAAAAAAGGAAUUCCAAUCGUAUAUCAGUUUAUUACAAUGAUACAGACAACAGGUUUGGCUUUAAUAAUUUGAUUAAAGAAACUGAUAUCAGGGAGGAUCUAAGAUCCUGGAAAAUUGGCUCAAACUAAAAUGCUUUAAAAAACCAAAACAGACAUUCACUUUUUCUUAUCCCUUCUUAAUAGUAUUACAAGUUAUACAUGCAAAUUCAUAGAUUUCGACAAUUUUUCAGUUUUUGCCUUUUUUUCUUUUCGGUUUUACUGUUUUUUCUGCUUUUCCCGCUUACUUUCCAACUUUCAACAACAUAUUUAUA